AUUUUCUCCUCUCUUUCACAUAAAAUUUCCAUUUCCUACAAAUAGUAAUACCAAUAUUAAUAAUACCCUCUCAUUCUUCCUUCCUUGACGGAGAUUCAGAUCUGAAACCGAUCUCUCUGCUCUUUCCAAUUACAACAAAGAAAAAAAAAAAAAGAAGAUCUCAACAAUGGCGACGGUAUCCCCUCUCGCCAAAUACAAGCUCGUCUUCUUGGGCGAUCAAUCUGUCGGCAAAACCAGCAUCAUUACUCGCUUCAUGUACGAUAAAUUCGACACCACGUAUCAGGCCACAAUAGGAAUUGAUUUCUUGUCAAAAACAAUGUAUCUUGAAGAUCGAACGGUUCGUUUGCAGCUUUGGGACACUGCAGGGCAAGAGAGAUUUAGGAGUCUCAUUCCAAGCUACAUUAGAGAUUCUUCCGUAGCAGUAAUUGUCUAUGAUGUCGCUAAUAGGCAAUCAUUUUUGAACACUUCUAAGUGGAUUGAAGAGGUGCGUACCGAAAGAGGCAGCGAUGUCAUUAUUGUUCUUGUUGGAAACAAGACUGACCUCGUUGAUAAAAGGCAGGUUUCAAUAGAAGAAGGGGAUAACAAGGCUCGUGAAUUUGGAGUCAUGUUUAUAGAAACAAGUGCAAAAGCAGGAUUUAAUAUCAAGCCUCUGUUCCGAAAAGUUGCUGCUGCCUUGCCAGGGAUGGAAACUCUUUCUUCAACAAAACAGGAAGAUAUGGUUGAUGUGAACCUGAAGCCCACUGUCAAUUCAUCCCAGAAUGGAGACCAGCAGGGCGGAGGUUGCGCGUGUUAAAAAAAUGAAAAAUGAACUGAGACUUUAGGGAGCACUUUUCAAGCGUGGAAUACACAAGUGAUGAAUUUAGAAAAACAUGAUUCUGAUUUUGAGGAUCGACAUUUACCGACCAUCUCUUUGAGUAUUUAGGUAAAGCAUUAAUGCUUCAUACCAAAAAGUACACGGUUUGUACAUCUGUCAUUACUGUCUUGUUGCACGAUUAGGAACCAUGUAUGGCCACCAUGCCACAUCUUUAGCAUUCUUUUAAA